AUGAAGUCCGCGGCUCCUCUCUUGGGAGCCAUCCUCGCCGUGGUGGUUGAUGCUGCGCCCACCGUCGACGAGCUUUAUCCUUAUACUGGGCCCAAAGUCCCCAUUGGCGACUGGAUUGACCCGACUGUCAAUGGCAAUGGUAAAGGAUUUGUGCGACUGGUAGAACCGCCUGCUGUGAAGCCAGCUUCUUCAAACCCGACCAACAACGUCAAUGCCAUUUCCCUUGCAUACGUACCAAAUGGCAUCAACAUCCACUACCAGACCCCCUUUGGUUUGGGAGAGGCUCCCUCCGUUGUCUGGGGUACCAGUGCAUCCGACCUCAGCAAUACCGCCACCGGCAAAUCUAUCACAUAUGGCCGAACUCCUUCGUGCUCCUCGGUUGUGGUCACACAGUGCAGCGAGUUCUUCCACGAUGUCCAGAUUGGCAACCUGAAGCCUGGAAAGACCUACUAUUACCAGAUUCCCGCAGCCAACGGCACUACUGCAUCUGAUGUUCUGUCUUUCACGACUGCAAAGGAGGCAGGUGACGCUUCUGAAUUCACCAUUGCUGUCGUCAAUGACAUGGGCUACACUAACGCUGGUGGCACUUACAAAUAUCUCAGCGAGGCCGUCAACAAUGGCGCCGCAUUUAUUUGGCAUGGAGGUGACAUUAGCUAUGCUGAUGACUGGUAUUCUGGAAUCCUUCCUUGCGAAAGUGACUGGCCUGUCUGUUAUAAUGGUACCUCUACUCAGCUGCCUGGAGGUGGUGCUAUCCCGAAAGAGUACGAGACGCCUCUCCCGGCCGGAGAAAUUGCCAACCAAGGUGGCCCCAAGGGCGGAGAUAUGAGUGUCCUCUAUGAGUCGAAUUGGGAUCUCUGGCAGCAGUGGAUGAACCCUAUCUUUCUCAAGGCCCCGCAUAUGGUCCUGCCCGGUAACCACGAAGCCAGCUGCGCUGAAUUUGAUGGCCCCGGCAACGUUCUCACAGCUUACUUGAACAAGAACCAGCCCAAUGGCAGUGCUGCCAAGUCUUCCCUUACUUAUUAUAGCUGCCCGCCUUCUCAGAGGAACUUUACUGCCUUCCAAAACCGAUUCCGCAUGCCCGGACCCGAGACUGGAGGUGUUGGUAACUUUUGGUACUCAUUCGAUUAUGGCCUGGCCCAUUUCAUUUCCCUUGACGGAGAGACGGAUUACGCCAACAGCCCCGAGUGGCCUGGUCCGUUCGGCGCUGUUAACGGCGACUACAACGACAACACGGCCUACGCUCAGUACCAGUGGUUGAAGAAGGAUUUGGAGAGUAUCGAUCGCUGCAAGACCCCCUGGGUCAUUGCAAUGAGCCAUCGCCCAUUCUAUAGUUCCCAGGUUUCUUCCUACCAAAAGACCAUUCGCGCAGCUUUUGAAGAUCUUCUGCUGCAAAACGAAGUCGAUCUAUAUCUUUCUGGACACAUUCACUGGUAUGAGCGUCUUCUUCCUCUUGGAACCAACGGCACUAUCGACCAUGCCUCUAUCAUCAACAACAACACCUACUGGACAAACCCAGGAAAUUCCAUGACCCACAUCAUCAAUGGCGCUGCAGGAAACAUUGAGAGCCACAGCACUCUCGACUCAGACCCUCUUUUGGACAUUACCACCUAUCUCGACCAGACCAACUUUGGAUUUGGUGCACUGACUGUUCACAACGCCACUGCUCUUUCAUGGAACUACGUUCACGGCUCUGAUGGCUCCGUGGGCGACAAGGUCACUCUUUUGAAGAAGGAUACAAAGGGAACCUGUGGCUCCUCUGGCAGCUCCUCCAGCAGCUCCUCCGCAGCCACCAGCGUCGCUGCUACAACAUCCGCCUCUCAGUCAGCUGGCGUAACGACCGUCACUGAAGUCGUCACUAGCUACACAACUUACUGCCCUGGUAGCACUACUUUCACAGCCGGCUCCAGCACUUACACUGUUACUCAGGCUACUACCCUCACCAUCACUGAUUGCCCCUGCACGCUUACCCACACCAUCUCGAACGGAGCCACCAUCACUUCCGAGAGCACACCCGCCGGUGUGACCGAGCCCGCAACUAGUUCUCCCGUGGCAUGGAACACCACAUUGCCUACUGGAGGAGUAACCACCACCUCCACUGGUGGCGUUACAGCUCCCACUGUGCCUGUUGGUAGCAGUGCGAGCCGCGCAUUGGUUGUUCCAGGCUUCGCCUGCGCCCUUCUAGCCUUGUUGUCGCUUCUCUAG